AUGCACCGCUCGUAUUAUAACCGCUUCCCGGUGCGUCGUCGCGAUCACGCAUCCAAGGAUACUGAAAGACCCAAAAAAUUCUUGCCACCCAUGUACGACUAUCUCGACAAACCGGUAUUCGUGCAGCUCAAGAACAACGGAGGCAGCUUUUCUGGAACACUCACCGGCUUCGACGUCUUUCAAAAUCUCGUCCUCGCCAACAGCACCGACGAAAGUCAUCACAAGCUCGGCGCCAAAGUCCCCAUGGGCGAGAUCGUUGUUGGUCAAGCACUCGGAAAGCCAGAAUCAUACAUGUCCGUGUCCUACACGCACAACAAGACAUUGAUAUUCGCUGGAACAUCUGAUCCGUGCUUCCAAGUUCGACUUAUCAGUAUCGGGCUGACGGAGGAGAAUUGCCCUUCAGUCUCUGCAGCACUUGCAGAGGUACUCAAGGAAAAGGCUGGGCUCGACUCUUCGAGGGGAUACAUGCAGCUUACUGACCCUACGGCGGCUCGUACUGGAUACCGUGGCACGACAUUCGCCCAGUUGUAG